AUGAUUUGGACUCCGGAAAUUAAAUUUCCCGGAGAGCCGGAUUACCCAUUCAAUAUUUAUUUGUACGACCAAAGUAUCCAAGUCAAAGACGGUACAUUGACCAUCAAGCCAAUGACAUUAGAAUCGCGGUAUGGGGAAGGAGCAGUUCAUACAUUUUUGGAUCUCGCUGAUAGAUGUACUGGCGAAAUUGGAACUAACGAAUGCUAUCGGAGAGCAUUUGGUCCUCAAAUCAUUCCACCUAUCAUAUCUGGCAAAGUGACCACGAAGCACAGCUUUGCUUUUAAAUAUGGUCGUAUAGAAGUUGGCGCAAGGAUGCCACUGGGGAAGUGGCUAAUACCUGAAAUACAAUUGGAACCUCGAGAUAAUGUGUAUGGAACGAAAAGAUACGCUUCUGGACUUUUACGUAUAGCUUGCGUUAGGGGUAAUAAGGAAAGUUCAAAAAAUCUUUAUGGAGGACCCAUAUUGUAUGACUCAGAACCUCUUAGAUCAGCUUACUUGAAAGAAAAAGUUGGAUUUGACCAGUGGAGUAAAAUGUUCCACAACUAUACUUUGGUAUGGAGACCAGAUGGCAUUUCUCUUUACGUUGAUGGAGAAAAUUAUGGUAACGUUGUACCUGGUGAAGGAUUUGCAGAAGAAGCAAUGAAGCAUAACAUAAAAUCUGGUUCACAAUGGCUGCGAGGAACCUUAAUGGCACCUUUUGAUCAAAUGUUUUACAUCUCUCUUGGUUUAUCUGUGGGAGGAGUCCAUGAGUUUCCCAACUGCCCUAAUAAGCCCUGGACCAAUGAGGGCGUUAAGGCUAUGCUCGAUUUUUGGAAAGCCAAAAACCAGUGGUUCUCCACUUGGUUUGAUGAUACGGAUAUGCUGCAAAUCGAUUUCGUUGCAGUCUUCGCUUUAUAG